AUAAAUGAUUGCCGUAUGAGCAUUUCUAAAAAUUUGCACUAUUAUUUUGGUCUUAUUUUGAAGUAUUUCUUCUUAUCGAUCCAACAAACAGGUGUCAGCAUGGAAAGCACUCCGAUUGAAAUUUUCAAAGAAGAUAACAAGUGCCUCUCCACGCUGCUGGAAGAUUGUCCUCUGAAUUCCUCAGCCUGGGUGUCCGGAUACUCUGACAGCCACAAUGUGACCCACGACGACAGCUGGGAGCAGGAGGGCAUGUCCCCCAUCAUUCCCAUCAUCACUGCAGUCUACUCCGUGGUGUUUGUUGUCGGCUUGUUGGGCAACUGUCUCGUCAUGUAUGUGAUCAUCAGGUACACAAAGAUGAAGACAGCCACCAACAUUUACAUUUUCAACUUAGCCCUUGCUGAUGCCCUCGUCACGACCACAAUGCCCUUCCAGAGCACGGACUACCUGCUGAAUACUUGGCCCUUUGGUGAGGUGGUGUGCAAGGUCUUCAUCUCCAUCGACUACUACAACAUGUUCACCAGCAUCUUCACUCUCACCAUGAUGAGUGUGGAUCGCUACGUAGCCGUGUGCCACCCAGUGAAAGCGCUGGACUUCCGCACUCCGAUCAAAGCCAAGAUGAUCAAUGUGUGCAUCUGGAUCCUAUCCUCAGCCGCAGGGAUUCCUGCCUUUAUUCUGGGUGGCACCCAGACGAAGAGUGACAUAACUGAGUGUGCCUUACAGUUCCCAGAGCCAUAUGUGUACUGGGACACACUGAUGAAGAUAUGUGUGUUUGUCUUUGCCUUCGUUGUGCCUGUGCUCAUCAUCACCGUGUGCUACUCCCUCAUGGUCCUGAGGCUGAAGAGCGUCCGAAUGUUGUCAGGCUCGCGGGAGAAGGACCGCAACCUGCGCCGGAUCACGCGCCUGGUUGUGGUCGUGGUGGCUGUGUUUGUGGUCUGCUGGACCCCCAUUCACAUCUUCAUACUAGUCAAGGCACUCGUGAGUGUGCCGGAAACCACAGCCAUCAUGGCUGCUUACUUCUUCUGUGUGGCUCUGGGCUACACAAACAGUAGCCUCAACCCUGUCCUGUAUGCCUUUUUGGAUGAAAACUUCAAACGCUGCUUCAAAGACUUCUGCCUCACUGCCAAAAUGAAGGGGGAGAAGGGGUCAGGGAGCAAAAAGCCCCCAGGCACUGUGCGGGAGGCCGCUGUUCCCCUGGAGAACCCAGAUGGGACUAGUAAGCCCACAUGACUAGCAGUGGAACUCUCCUCAAUUUCCCACAUUGGAAAAGAAGACUCACCUGACCUGGGCCUAACCCAUGUCACAUCAGCAAUGUAGACAAGUUUUGUCUCGAUUUACAGAAGAUGACUUGCUUUAUUUUCAUGAUCACCUUGGGUUUGACCAGUGCCAAAAUUAAUAUGAUUUCAUUCUAGAGAUUAAAUGAAAGUUACGCAUUAUAAAUUGCAUUCAAUUUUUCCCAUUAAUCCACAUAGGAAAUAAACCACCAAUCUCCUCCACAAAGAAAUAACUGAAUCCUCUUCCCUUUUGCUGUGACUUUUGCCACUUCAUUUUUCAUUUUUGUCCUCACGUCACUUACUUUGUUACUUAUAUGUUGGUAGAUGGUAUCACAAAGAAUCUUUUUCAUGAAAAAGACCAAAUCUGAUUCAAUUUUCCAAUCAUCUCCUGUCCUGUCAGACAGACUGCACAUUAAUGAUGCAGAUUAAGGAAAUAAUGCCAAAAUUUCUCAGGAAAAUGAUUUACUUUUAUAUGGCAAAAUCAGAAGGAGACUAAUUAUAAAGCUGUAACAGUACUGGCUCCUCUCAAGUUUCAUACAGUAUACUCUCGUGUUUUUAAUGCUAAAUUUGUUCCAUUUUGCUCCUGCCUUUUCACACAUUUAAUUUAUUCUUGUCAUUUUCUCAUUUUAUGUUCUAUUGCCAAAUGUGCCUUUAACAGUCCAGGAUAAAACAAGUUAGCAGCAAUGGAAAAUGAUUUCAGUUAUGAAAAAUGAAUGGGGUCCAGCAUGCACAAACUUGUUGUGUACAGUUAACGUAUCAGUUGUAGAUGCAUGAAUCACUGACAGCAGAUAUGUGCUAAAAUCCUUCCCACCUCAGUGAAAAGUUAGAGGUGUGCUGAUUGACCACACUGUGAGAGAAAUGGCUUAUGUCGGACUUUGAAGAAGUCACUGGGAGGUAGGCAAGAAAAGAAAGUUAGUGGCACUGAAACAAGGUUAUUACUGAGAAAAGUUAAAAGGAAAAUCCUGGACUUGAAUGUGCAUUUAAUAUUUGACAGAGGGCUCUCUAUUAGCUUUGAUGCUGGAGUUGUGUCCAGUCUGAUAAGUUGUUCAAUUUACAGUGUAUAAUCCCAUCACAUGUGCUGUUUUUGGCUUUUACGCUGAUACAGAUAGUCCCAUUGAAAUGCUCAUGCUAUUUACUGUAGAGAAAUAUUUCAUCAGCGCAGUCUGAAAACAAGAAUAGCUGUUUAAACAAGUUGUGCACAUUGUUAGGUACAGUUUAUUCUGUAUAGUAUGAAGAAUAUGUAGAAAAUUUUGUAUAAAUAACAAAAAGAAACUUUUGCACAGACAUCGUUGGAAUACACUGCAUUUGUAGCAUGUCAGUGAUCAUUGCUUGUAAUAGUAUAAUGCAACAUCGAAAAGCCUGUACGCUUGAUGGACUGUGCUGUUAUUUUGAAUGUACUGCAAAUAGAUGCUGUGUUAUAUAGACAUAUCCAUGGUAUGAACUCAUCUAUGUCUGUAUUAUAUGAGAAUUUCAUCUAAUAUUUAAACAAUUCAGUAAUAAAAUAUCUAAGCACAUCAUGUAAACUUGUCUAAAAUAUUUAGUAUAGAAGUUAUGUUGCUUGACAUGAAAUAUGAGCGCUUAUUCUAAGAAAUUAGGCUCCUACCCAUCAUUAUUUUCAGUCUCUGCAUAUUUAAAGAUGCUGCUGCUGUAUAUUGGCUUUUUCUGCUGUUCAUCAAACAGGAGAUGUAUUGAUCGUCCUGUAUGUGCUUAAUAAUAAAUCAAGUUCACGUUGAUU